AUGUCGUAUCACUGUUGGCAACUCCUCACGUUUAUACUCAUUCUCUCCUCCACCGUCACCUACUCGUCGCCUCAGGCCCGAUACUGCGGAAGGCGGCUCACUAAGGCACUAUUUGAUCUCUGUGGAGCUGUAACAUCUCCAUUUUCAGACCGAAUGGGCGGUGGUCAUCGGCCGUACGCAGAUCUCGGUAUCGUCCAUCAUUGUUGUCACAAGCCAUGCGAUGUAUCUUUCAUGCGCAGAUACUGCGCCACGAAGUAA